AGCUGUAGUCCCCGCUCUUGACACUAACGUAGUAGCCGUAGCAACUCCUCACAUACACAUCUGCUUUCUGCAGCCUAGCAUAUUCAUUCUCCUUCUUACCUUCGAAUACCCACAAACAACUACGAUCCACAGCCAACGACACCAUGCGCCGUGCUCUCGUAGCGAGUGGGUUGAUGGCGCGGAGCGCGGUGUCGCUCCGCUGCUGUGCGACCAAGUCCGCCGACAACGCCAAGCUCGACGAGCUCGCGGCGGCCUACGCGCAGCUGACGCUGAAGGAGGUGUCGGACCUGCAGCGGCUCAUCUUCAAGAAACUGGGCCACAGCGACGACUUCUACGAGAAGGCGCUACUGAAGGGCCUCGGCGCCGGUGGCGGCGGCGGCGGCGUUGUGAUGGCGCCCGUUGCGGCGGCGGCUGCGGCCCCUGCUGCUGAGGCGGCGGCGGAGGCCCCAAAGCCGGAGAAGAAGAAAGUGGAGAAGCUGACCUACGAUGUGAAGCUGGAGAAGUUUGCGCCGGAGAUUAAGAUUAAGCUUAUCAAGGAGCUGCGCAGUGUCACCAGCCUCAGCAUCGCCGACGCCAAGAAGGCGGUGGAGAAGUGCCCGGGGCUGGUGGCAACGAAUAUGAGCAAGGACGACGCGGAGAAGCUGAAAGGGCUGUAUGAGAAGCUUGGCGCCAAGGUGGAGCUGCUGUAA